AUGGUGGGAGGCACUGCUGUUGUGUUUGUGCUUUGUAUUCUGGCACCCUUGAGCUUGGCCAGGAUUUCAGAUAAUAGUAGGAAUCGUUAUCAGAAUGCGUCUCUUGUUGCGCAGCGAUCGUUGCAAGUGGAGGGAGAAGAUACCAUUGAGGUUUUUGUGCUAGGCAACAAUGGAAAACCAGAAGAAGUGUACCCGUUGCCCCGGUGUGCUGGGGACUGUGACGACGACACUGAAUGUGAGGAGGGCCUUGUUUGUCACGAACGUGAUGCCUUGGAACCCGUUCCAGGAUGCCUUGGUGGAGACGAAGACGAGUCUCGUACCGACUAUUGCAUUCAAUCAGCAGACUGGAGUGAAAAUCCCACUGGCAGUCCCACUGUAUCCCCUACCUACGGACCAACCGCCUCCAUGUCUCCCACUGGAGGUCCCUCCUUGUCCGCGUUUCCCUCGGUGUCACCCACCCACCAGCCAACUCGCACCCUCGUGGCCGUAGGGCCCUUCCAGCUCAAGGUGCACUGGACAAGGAGAUCCUGUUGGACCCAAUCGGGAAAUGAAAUCCCAAUCUGCAAUCGAGAAGUUACGAAGUGGUGUAUGCAGUGUGAGGGUCAUAUUUGUAACGAGGGAGAUAUCCUUUGGGUAGAGCCUUGCAGAGAUGACGUUCCCACGCAACAAUUGUUCCGAUGGUUCCCUCUCUUGAGUACCACGGAAGUUUCCAUUUCACGGUCAACACCAAUCUCCUGGGGACAGUUACAAAUGCAGAAACCAUCCAAAGAGUGGCUUUGCCUGCAACGAAGACUUGGAACUCAGAACCACACCCUUCAAGAAUGCGAUGACACGGUAGGAGAGCAGUGGUACAAGGGAUUCCAUGAGGAGGAACCCUUUGAGAUCAUGGCAUCCGUACCCGAAAAGGUUCAGGACCAGUGUUUGACCAUGCCGCACCACGCACGACAAUUCGAGGAGAUUGUUCAUGCUAGUUGCUCGGCAACCCGCAGGGAUCGAACCAGCAAGUGGGAGGCGCUCUGGCCAGACUGGGAGGAGGCUGCAAAACAUGACUUUAAUGAGAAACGCUACUAUCGACUGGGACCCGAACGAAGGAGUCCUCGGUGCAGUGAAGAUAGGAGAUGCGGCAUGUGUCAAGGCCAUUGUGAGAGCUCGGAUGAAUGUAACGGCGAGCUCAGGUGCUUUCGAAGGAGUAGCUCCACCGGCAAUCGAUUUGAAACGCCUCCUGGAUGUUUUGGAAGUGGUGUAUCUAGCAUGGACUAUUGCUAUGCAAGACGUGGAAACUAA